AUGACGAGUACGACACCGAGCGUUCCUCACAGAAGAACUACUGUAGUUGAGCAGAUUCUGGUCGAUGAAGCAAAUGACAAAGAUGAAACAUGUUUUGGUUGCUUGAAAUUAAAAGUUUCUUCAUUUCUUCACCACCCCGUUUUCCACGGAUUCUACAUUUUAGUCGUCAUCGUUGACAUCAUGUGCAUCUACACGGAGCUCUUUGUCGAGCUAGAGCGCCUCAACUUGGACGUUUGUGACUGCCCAGAAAAUUUGGGUGAGCACGCAUGCUUCGGGGCCGAUUCACAUCACAGAGAAGUUUUUCCCUUUUCUGGCAAUUUAAGCGGAAACGAUGAUGGUUCUUGUACUGCUUAUGAGAAAUUCGAAUGCGCCCAGCAUUAUCUUAUUUUUAUUUCUUUGGGCUUGCUUUCUUUUUUCGCCUUCGAAAUCAUCAUGAAGACAAUUUUCGCGAUCGAUUCAUACCGCCACCGAACGGAAAUCGUCGAUGCCAUCGUUGUCAUUGUCGCCAUCAUCGUUACAGUCAUCGAAGUCGCAGAAGAAGAAGCAAACUUACACUCCCAUUUGGUCUUUAUCAUUCUUUUUACUCUUCGUGUUAUCAGGCUGGUAAAUGGAGUGGCUACGCUGAUUAUCAACAAUAUCGAAACCAAAAAAGACGUUGUAGAAUUGAAAUACAAAGAAGAGCUUGAAAAGUCAACGAUUCUGCUCCUUCUUCAUUCCAUCGAAGAACAUGCAGCGGAAGGAAAGCGCAAUGAAAUCAAGGAAGAAAGCCCGCCUCAAGAAAAAACGCCGGUGAAUCCAUACAACGACUCCAGCUCGUCGGAAAACGACAAUAACUCGGAAUGGGUAACAACCACCACGAUCAAAAGACAAAUGUCUCAACGAAAGAAAAAGAAGCAACAAAAGCCAUUGAUUCACACUCGUCACGACUACGAAAUCCGCCGGAUGCUGAAGUUGAGAGAAUACUGGGUCCGACAACUGGAAGAAACGAUGGCGAAAAAUGACGAAUCCGCUCAUGAAAUUCUCGAAGUCCAUGCGUCAGAAAUCACUUAUUCUUCGAAAAAAUCGUCGACAAGAAAAGUUCAUCCUGCCUGA